UUAUCAUCAGUUACAGCAAUAUAUCUGCACUCGUGUGUUCUCUUCACCGCUGCUUUUUACCUGCUGAGGGGCUCUUAUGAGUUUCUCAACAGUCCUCUUGUCAUUGUUCUUGGUCAAGCGAUGCUGAUGAAUCGUGGAACGAUAUCGACUGGCAAUGGCGGUGGCCAAGUCAUGGGUAUCAUCUCACUUCUUCUUGCGGCCAUUGGGCUCACCGACGUUAGCCAACUUGUGGAGAGAAACCACGUAUACUUCGAAUCCGUGAUUCCAACGCGAUUGCUGGUGUCCUUUGCGCUCGCAGGCUAUGGAUACCUGUUUGAAACUUCCUUUCUACACGAUGAUUUGGUGUUUACGCUGUUAUGUGUGGAAAUCUGGUUUCAUUUCGUCAUAUAUAAUGUUGUAAGGGAGGAGAAACACGAUAGAAACAGGAAAUAUGAGGAG